ACUGUGAAAUAUUUCAUGUGUUUUUUAAAUCCAAAAGCAUUCAAUCAAUUACAAAAAAUAUCAAGAGAUAUUCAGACAAAUCAAUGCAAACAAGUACUUUCCCUUUUUUGUCAGCACCCUCAUUAAAUAUAAAAAAUGAAGAACCAUAAUCGUUCUUUCUUUGUCAUUGAAGUUAUCAUGUAACCUUUGAUGAAAAAACAUUUGAUGUAUUGUCGUUAUUGCUGUAAUUAUUUCAAGUGCUGAAGUAAAAUGUUCCUCUUAUCCCGUUAUGUUUCUUUUUUUUCAUUGAAAUUACACCACAAGAGGCUCUGAUAGUGAAAACAAACUGUUGUAAAUUAACCAACAAAUAAGUUACUUAAAGGCUUCUGAAGGUCAAUGCUUUUUACCACCGAAAAAUUGUUUAGCAGUACAUACAUUUCCCAAAGACCAUACCCUAUGGCACACACUCUGCAAAGUCUACUGCUAAACUAAAACAUACAAACAUAAGUAGGUACUAAAUGGGUACUUCCUAAAACACAAACACUCCUCUCUGUUUUGCAAUAAUAAGGAAGUGAACUUUUGAUCUGGAGUACACUAAGACACCUGUUGCUUUCACUGCACGUUCACGUUGAACCGCCAUGUCACACUACUGUUCCAUCCACCUCUCAGCCGCUCUUGAAGAGCAGAACACAUUGUGAGACUUCUCAGGAGCGAUGGACCUGGAGAAAGGAGGCGUCUUCAUCCUGCUGUGUCUCUACCUGCCAUGUCUGAGGCCUCUCGGUCUUGACGCGUCGACGUCCAUGCGAUGGUACCCCAAAACUCUCCCGUGUAACGUCAGCUUGGCCAGCAACGGUAGUGCGGUCAUGGUGGACUGCACCGAGAAAAGUCUCACAUCUAUCCCGAGUGGCAUCCCAGGGAACGCCACCAACCUCACACUCACCAUCAACCACAUUCCUGAGCUGAACGCCACCUCCUUCCACGGUCUGGAGAACCUCACAGAGAUCGACAUGCGAUGCAACUGUGUGCCUAUGAAGAUCGGCCCCAAGGAUCGUGUGUGCACCAAGGGCCUGACCAUUAUGGAAGACACAUUCAGCGACCUGAAGAAGCUGCAAGCGCUAUACCUGGAUGGCAACCAGCUGGACGGCAUACCUAGGGGCCUGCCUCCAAACCUCCGCCUUCUGAGUCUUGAAGUAAACAACAUAUUCUACAUUUCUAAAGAGAACCUCUCGGAGAUCACAAAUGUUGAGAUCCUCUACCUGGGUCAGAAUUGUUAUUACCGAAACCCAUGCAAUGUGUCCUAUAGCAUAGAGGCUGGGGCAUUUUUGCAGCUUAGCAAUUUGACAUUGUUAUCUGUUAAGUCCAACAAUUUGUCUUAUAUCCCAUCCCUGUUGCCUUUAAGUUUGAGGGAGCUGUAUCUCUAUAACAACAAUAUUGGAAAAGUCACAGAAAAAGAUUUUAAAAACUUAACUAAUUUGGAAAUCUUGGAUAUUAGCGGAAACUGUCCCCGGUGCUACAACGCGCCUUUCCCUUGUGAUCCUUGUCCAAACAACUCCCUUAAGUUACACAAGAAUGCGUUCAAAACAUUGGCCAAACUCAAGAUCCUACGCAUGCACAGUAACUCCUUGACCACCGUGCUUCCUGAAUGGUUUGCCAACUUAAAAGAGUUGAAGGUGCUCGACCUCUCGUCCAACUUUUUGGCCGGGGAGGUGGCGCACUUUAACCUUCCAAAUGCCCUCUGCAACCUAGAGGAGCUGGAUCUAUCAUUCAACUACGAACUGCAGAAAUACCCAGCCACUUUGAAUCUGAACCCCUCGUUCUCCGUCCUCCAAUCACUAAAAGUGCUUAGGCUUCGGGGCUUUGUGUUCCAAUCGCUGACCAUACAAGGCAUCCAACCACUGAUGCUUUUACCCGACCUGGAGGUUUUUGAUCUGGGCACAAACUUCAUUCAAAUGGCCAAUCUCAGUGUUCUGAUGGAGCUGAAAAGCUUUAAAAUAAUCAAUCUGUCGGAUAACAAAAUAUCCUCCCCGUCCGAAGGCCCAGAGCCAUAUAACUCUGUCUCUGCUCACCAGGCUCGGCUUUGGUCACCUAUGACCGGUGCUCAACAAUUUGGGGAUGAGGGCGUGAGAGAGAUACAUUACUUCAGGUAUGAUGAGUAUGCACGUAGUUGCAAAUACAAAGAUAAAGAGCUUGGAGUUUUUAACUCCUUUGUCAAUGCACAGUGCAGUCAUUUUGGCAAGACCUUGGACGUAAGCAGGAACAAUAUAUUCUUCCUCCAUUCAAAAUUUUUAAAUCUUGGCGAUCUGAAAUGCCUUAAUCUAUCUGGAAAUGCAAUGAGCCAAAGUUUAAAUGGCAGUGAAUUCACUUAUCUCAAAAAUUUAGAAUAUCUUGACUUCUCAGCGAACCGUCUGGACCUUCUUCAUCCCACUGCGUUUCAAGAGCUCCAAAAUCUGGUCAUCCUAGACAUAAGCCUCAACAAUCAUUACUUUGAAUCAGAGGGGUUGACCCACAUGCUUAACUUCACUGAAAAUCUACCCAAGCUAAAGAUACUUCUCAUGAACCAUAACAAGAUUUCAACAUCUACUAACACAGAGAUGAGCAGUUACUCCCUGGAGAGACUGGAGUUCAUAGACAACCGUUUAGAUAUGCUUUGGAGAGAUGGCGAUACAAGGUAUAUCGGAUAUUUCAAAAACCUUUUGAAUCUACACGUUCUCGACAUCUCUGAGAAUAACCUUAACUUCAUUCCCCGCGAGGUAUUCCAUAACUUGCCAGAUAGACUAUCCGAACUAUACAUUAGAAAAAAUAUCCUCACUAAAUUUUUCUGGGGAGACAUAGACAAGUUGACUUUGUUGAAGAUUUUAGAUCUAAGUGGGAACCGUCUCACAAGAGUUCCCAUGGUGCUUUCAAACUGCACCAAAUCUCUCCAAAAACUGAUUUUAACAGGAAACCAGAUAGAAAAUCUCUCCCCUGAUUUCCUGAAGGAUGCGUUCAGCUUAAAGUAUCUAGAUCUCAGCUUCAACAAACUAAAAUACAUGGAACACUCCAGUCUCCCUGAUAUCAUUGUGAAUAAUAUGGACAUGCUCCUCCUACACAACAACAUAUUCACCUGCACCUGCAACACCACUUGGUUCAUUGAGUGGCUCAACAGCACCACAGUCACCAUCCCCCUUCUGGCCACAGACGUGACCUGCGACACCCCGGGGGCACAGCGAGGUCGCUUGGUACUCACGGUGGACAUGCUGGCCUGCCAGUACCACUACCUGUCCCUUGUGCUCUACAUCCUGCUGACGUCCACGCUGCUCGUCUUCGUCACCCUAGCCGUUUCCAGCCACCUCUUCCUCUGGGACGUCUGGUACAUCUACCACUUCUGCAUGGCCAAACUCAGAGGCUACGGCCGCCAGCCCUCGUCGCAGAGCUGCCCGUAUGACGCCUUCGUGGUGUACGAGAAGAAGGACCCGGCGGUGAGCGAAUGGGUGAUGAACGAGCUGUGCGUUCAGCUGGAGGAGCGGGGGGACCGGCCCCUCCGGCUGUGCCUGGAGGAGCGGGACUGGAUCCCUGGGUGUCCGGUGGUGGACAACCUGUGCCAGAGCAUCCAUCAGAGCAAGAGGACGGUGUUCGUCCUCACCAACCGCGACUUGAAGAGCGGGAACUUCAAGACGGCGUUCUACAUGGCGCACCAGCGGCUCAUGGAUGAGAAGGACGACGUCAUCGUGCUGAUCUUUCUGGAGAAGGCAGCGAGUAACUCAAAGUACCUGAGACUCAGGAAGAGACUGUACAGGCGGUCGGUCCUGGAGUGGCCGACCAAUCCUCAGGCUCAGCCAUACUUUUGGUUUGGCCUCAGAAGCGUGCUGGCUACAGAGAGUAACAAGCAGUACAGUGACAUGUUCAGGGAGACGCUGUAAUGAAAUUACAGAUAAAAUGUAUAAAAAAUAAAAAUUGAGUACAUCAAA